AGGCUAGAAGAGAAUCCAUUUAUUACGCAAUUACUCUUAAUCAGUAGUUAGCUUAGUUGAGUAUUAAUGGCAGCCGGCGUAUGACGAUGUGAUCUAAAAGUAGGGCGCAGGCGAAUAUUUCAUUAAGAAAACUCGGAAAUCCAACAUCUCAACGCUUCUAAAAAUUCUUAAUGUACUUACAUAUUUACAUAGUUGUAGGAAUAAGUAAAAUGUUUGCCGUCGUGGCCUAGGCUUUUUGUCUAACAUCAUCCGUAAAGGGUCUAGUAGGCAAUGGUUGCCUUUUCAUGUAUGGACUCAUUAUCAUUUCACUGAGUAGAUGUCAUGGAAUAAGAGAUUUAGUGCGCUGACGCCACAACCAGCUCUUUGAGGGUUGCAUGAGAAGGUCGUAACGGAAAGUAUGGCGUCCUUAUGUCGCCCUGACAAGUUCUGCGAACGGUCCAAUAUGUAACGCCCGUCGUAAGCCAAAAAGUAUUUGUUCAAUCACUUCCAGAGCGAAGUGUUUGUAGGGACGAGGUAUUCACAGUAGUAGAUGUUUGCUGUUGAGAUCGCUCGUUCGAAAUUCUUUGCAUGGUGCAGUCCAGGAAUCAUGAAUCAAAUAUAAAGCACGAGUGGACGCUUGCGACCAAAUCCGAAACGAGACUUAGUAAGUACUAAGCUGUACGUGUAUUAUGUGAAAGAUCUACUUUCAAACUCAAUUAUGGUACUUGCAAGCCCAGUGCCUAAACACAGCCUUUUUGAAAACAUUAAUUGCAAAAUUAUUUCGUCUCGUUCCAGUUAAGUCAAUGUCAUACGCCUUGUCUUCUGAUGAGUACUUCCCAAUGUCAGGAACACAAUCUGAUUUGAAUGCAUUGCAAAUCCGCGUCAAACGGAUGUUGUUGUUUGUCAAUAUUGUGUUUGCUAUUAAAGCAACAAACGAUUCUUUUUCCAUUCGUCAACGUGUCGUUUUUGUUCCCUUCGUCGUGCCACCUGUGCUGUGGCAUGAGUUCUAACAGACUGGUGUAUAGUCGCAUGUUAGUCGUAAACACGUUAAGAUCGUGAGUAACGGCUGCUACAGUAUCGGUCGGCGUUUACACGGAAUGCGACGAUAGGAGGGCACCGGCGUGCACGCUGGGCGAAUACUGACGAUAGAAAGAAAACAGCAAGAAGAGUAUGAAACAGCAAGACAUGUGUACUUGUGAGAAAGUCGCACCUCUAGCACCACUGUGUUUAUUAUCCGACGGCUGAAGCAACCAGCCGUUGAGUGCAUUGAAGUAUGUAAGGCCAUCACGUAUUGCUGCGGCUACCGUCUUUGUAUCUGUUUUGUAGUGUCUAGCAUUGACCUAGUUCAUGUGCAAGCCGAAACUAGGCUAUCAUCUUAUAGGUUGCUACUAGAAUUACUGUUGUUGACGCUGCCCCUCCCCCUGUUGCCGCUACAACUACGGGCGCGCUGCAUUCUGACGCGUCGCUGAUGAAACCACCGUUAGGCGAUAGACGAUAGCAACGUAAUAAUACCCAGAAGGUAGCUGCAGGCGCACCCUGCAGAAGCCUCGAGAUUCUAAUAGUAGCAGUAAUAUUUUCAUAGUGGCAAGUAAGUGCUAUGGUGUCCCUGCUAAAAGCUUUCCACCGAUAUUAUCGCUUCUAUUCCUAUUACUACUACUGCCAUUGAAGCCGCCUUGUAAUGGGGAUACUCCUGCUGUUGGUGUAAAAGCACACGGCUUGGCACUCCGAUGACGGCGCCUGAUGCUAAAUGUCUGACUCAGACAUCGAUGCCGUGAGGUAUCCGAUGGUGGCAGACGAGCCCCCCGAGAAACAGCAGCGCCUGGAGAUUGCGCUCCUCAACGGCAGUCCACCAGCAGGAACUGGCAGCUCGGACAUCUGUGCAACACCGCCGCCACGUCCGUGGACUAUGCCCAUAGACGUUGGCAGUGCAUUAACGCCUAUGGGCGGAGGGGGAGGAGGGCGCGAUGCAUUGUUCCCGCAACGCAAACAGCGCGAGUUCAUUCCCGACUCGAAAAAAGAUGAUUCAUAUUGGGAUCGGCGACGUCGAAACAACGAAGCGGCGAAACGGUCGCGUGAGAAGCGCCGACUCAAUGAUAUGGUUCUCGAAACUCGCGUCCUUGAACUCGUCAAGGAGAACUCGAUGCUACGGGCCGAACUAAAUGCGAUACGCGAAAAGUACGGCCUUGGACCAGCCAUGCUCCCAGCGCAACUUCCACACGGACUGAGCCAGUUACUGCAGGGACCACAUCCUCACGGGACACCGCAUCCCCCUCCGCCGCACGCGUCACCACCUCUUCCCGAUCCAGUAACGGCGAUUCCGCAACGUACCGUCAUUCAUCAGCCAAUACCAUUGCAUCAUCCACACUUACAGCGCCCAUUACCAUCACCAGCCGCCCCACUUGCUGCCCCCGGAAUUCCCACAAGUAAUGCGAAGUUAAUUACGGCGCUGUCGAUGCCUAAAGCACUAUUACAACCGGUGUAUAGCCCAGCUCCUCAUCCUCCCAAUCACCCCCACACAUUGACACCACUGCCACAUCCUGCCGAGGAGCCACAUCACAAUUCGUCCCGAGGUGAAGAGAGUUCACCGCUUUCCUCGGGCUCCUGGGCCUCGGCCGAAGAUCAGCCCACUGGAGCUUUGACGCCUUCUGCAGGGACAGCAUUCUCCCUUCCGCAUAAAUUACGCCACAAAUGGCUAAUUAGUGGCAGCGAUGCAAGCACCUCACCAGAACAGCGUGAACGCGAGGACGGUGUAUCGUCCGAUGGAGACAGUGGGGCUUCAUCGACGGAUGUGCCUGCAAGUCCGCCUCGGCCGGCAAAAUCACGUCGACGAGUGAUCGUCAGCGUAAAUGGUCAAACGAAUCUAAAAAGCGAAAAUAUUCAAUUGCGUUCCGAAAUGCAGAGGUUGGCGGAGGAAGUAGCGACUCUGCGCGACAUUAUGCUGCAUCCUGGUCCCGGUGGGACGUUCGCCGGUAAAGGCGCCCCAGCUGAAGCCCCAGUGAGUCCGCCUUCAACGCCCGCGGAGCCUGAAGACCUCCGCAAAGUAGGCGAGAGCUCGCCGUCCUCGUGUGGGAAUUCUAGCGGAAGUGAACAUUAAGAUAUUACUCAAACCGCUGCCAAGCGCUAAAAGACGGACCCAUCCGGUGCUCUUAAUGUUUCAAUGGCGCGCUGCUUCCAAUGACAGACUUGAAACCGCAAACAAACGAACGAACAAAAAUACUACACUUCCACAGACGUCGCCUAGUAGCCUUUUCUACUAGUCGACGCUGCGGUACAGCGACUGGAGCAUAGAACGAUUUUUAAUUAGAUCAUCAUCACACCUAAGCACCAUUGCCUGCAAAAACAUUGUAGAGGACUUCCAGGAAUUCGUAUAAAAUAACAUAUACAGUAAUAGAAAGAUAGCAUCACGCUAAACAAUAAACAGUUUGCUCUAUGUUUAUUCAUUGACUGAUGCUAGUACAUCAGUAGCAGUGAUAAUGCGACACUAACGACGAACGUGCAUUUUAUCAUUAUCUAUAAAUACUAGCAACCCACUUUCCUUAUCCUUAAUAUAAGUGUCUUGUCGCUGGUGAUGUCUGUCUGUUAGCGGGAGGGCCAUUUUCGAUGCGCACGUCUAUUUCAAAUUCUAAUGGCCUCAGCGGCCCCGUCAAGUCUGUCGCUAGACCUAGCUGACAAUAAAAUAGAUCUAACACUAUGAUGAUGAUUACUGAAUGCGGAUUCUGCGAUGAACUGGUGAAGUAAAGGGUAAUGUUUAAGACGGACAACUAUGAAAGUCUUGCUGAGCGAGCCGCCCAUAUGUGUAUAUAUAUGCUACUCUUUUUCCCCUCAGAACUACUCUCAAAUUUAUUGCCUAUGCGCUUCUAUUUGUUGUGCGAACCUACAAAUUACAUCAUCGGGCCUUAUGUCCUAUCCUGCCCUUACGAAGCCAAUUAGGAUACAGGUGUAUGCUGGACAUCGAUACAGGCUAUUUAUUCAUUUCGUCUGUCAGCGACGCUGAAACUGUUGGACAUGACGCAGCUUGCAGAAUAAUGAAAACAUUUCUGGCUUUUUAAUCGAUCGAAAUGUGAAUUAAAAAAAAGUUUUAUAUACGACAGAUAAAAAAUGGUAAAGAAGAGAACGAAUUAUGUGAUAUUUGAUGACAAGUCACUGCUUUGUUGUCGGAGUAAUGAGAUAUAUAUACGGUAUAAUAAUGAUAAUAAUUGUAAUAUUAUUAUUAUUAAUGAUUUUAGCAGAGUAAUAUAACUUAUAUAUACAUAUAUAAAUAUUUUAUGUUGGGAGUACUCGUUGGAGGAACACGGUUACUUUCAUGGUCUUCUCGAAGAUAGCCGCCUACCAAAUGUAUAUAAAAAUAUUGUCUGUAAUGAACACGUCGAAUAUAUUUGCUUUCUCCUCCCAUAACAAUCGGAUUGACCGUAUAAAACUGCCGUGACUACUAUUUAAGUGCCUCGAAUUUAUAUCUUCAGUACCUUGACACAAAAACUAUAAGAUUUCCCAAAAAGUACCCAAUGAUAGACGGAUCUGUUGACAAUUACGCAAAAAUUGAAAUUUUUGUGUGAACGGGUCACUAUAUAUAUAUACGCCGAACUAACGUCCGCAAACCUCGGAAUGCUCUCGUAGAACUAAUAAUAAAAAAAGAGUACAAUUUCGUAUCAUCUCUACGCCUUUAUCGCCAGCGGUUACCAAAGAUUACCCAGAUAACUAUAUACUUAAAACAAGAAUAAACAACACUAUUC